AUACGAAACAAAACUAUACUGUUUUUUUUCUUUUGAAACUUGGGAGUCAUCACUUAAUCCUCUCCUACCUAACCAUGGCCGACAAAGAAACCCAACAACCCGAAGAGCUACCUGUAGUCUUCCUUCAUCGUCCACCUUCAUUCAUCCUUCCUUUUGGAGACCAUUUACGUUCUCAAUUCCAUGUCCUGGACCCUUACGAGUCGCCUGAGCCGUACGACUCCUUUCUGGCCCGUCAUGCUCCCUCCAUAAGAGCUCUCAUGACUAUGGGCCCCACCCUAGUUUCCGCCGAGUUUCUCGACCGUCUGCCCGCUUUGGAGCUGAUAGUGGCUACAAGUGCUGGCCUUGAUCAUAUAGACCUCCCUGCUUGUCGAAGCCGAGGCAUCGUUGUUACUAAUGCUAGCUCUGCCUUCGCAGAGGAUGUAGCGGAUUGUGCUGUUGGGUUGUUGAUCGAUGUCCUUAGAAGAAUCUCUGCUGCUGAUAGAUUUGUUCGUGGUCGGAUGUGGCCUGUUAAGGAAACCUACCCUCUUGGUUUUAAGCUAGGGGGAAAGCGUGUAGGGAUUGUGGGAUUGGGAAGCAUUGGUUCUGAAGUUGCAAAGAGGCUCUCAGCCUUUGGCUGCACCAUUGCCUACACCUCAAGAAACAAGAAGCAAUCUGUUCCAUUUCCAUUCUAUGCUAAUGUCCGGGACCUUGCUGCAAACAGUGAUGUUCUUGUUCUUUGUUGUGCACUGACAAAGGAAACUUACCACUUGGUCAAUAAGGAUGUCAUGGUAGCAUUAGGGAAGGAAGGAGUGAUAAUCAACGUCGGGCGUGGCUCGUUGAUCAACGAGAAGGAAUUAGUGCAGUGUUUAGUGGGAGGAGAAAUUGGUGGUGCUGGUCUUGAUGUGUAUGAAAAUGAGCCUAAUGUCCCCAAGGAGCUAUUUGGACUUGAUAAUGUCGUGUUGUCUCCACACAGUGCUGGCGGAACACCAGAAGGCUUUGAAGCUGUGCUACAGCUGACUGUUGGCAACUUAAAAGCCUUCUUUUCGAAUAAACCUUUGGUAUCAGUAGUCUCAAAUGAAUGAACCCUUCAAUUCUUUUGCUGUAAUUUAAGGCAUUGACAAAUGCUCAAUGAAGAAAGGAUAAAGAUUUGGUUAAAUAAUUGAAUGCCAUACUCUUAUUGCUGGAGACAAGAUGUGGGUAUUCUUGGUUAAAUUGAAUUUCUUUUAUAAGUUUUGUUGAAGAAA